AUGGGGUGUCGGAAUCCGAAUGCUGUAUCUCCGACAUUUGCGGAUUUAUAUCCACCAUUGGGUUCAAAGACUAUUGCUAAUUCUCGGGUGUCUGGUAAGGAAUCGGUCGGUAACAGACACAAAGUUUUUAAAGGCGGAUUGAAUGCUCUACAACCACGAGUUUCUGAUAAUUUGUUGUUGAGUGUGUUGAGCACUGGAUAUGGCAUAAAAGGAACUUGUAAGAAUGGUUUAAAUUCCGGAGAAAUUCGACAGCACAGAUUCAUCCUCUGUUCUUUUGUCUUUAACCAUUCAUUAGUCGAUUCGACAAUGCUUUCUCAAUUUUCUGUCCCAAGUCCUAUAACUCCUGCACCACUACCACCAAGCGUUAGUCCACCGAAGCAAGUACUAUUGAUUGUUGCAGAGAUACACGCCAACCCAUGUUCCGCUGUUGCAGCAUCAAGAUAUUUGCCCAGUGCUCCAGCUUGUACUUUAUUCAGUUUCUUCAAGUCAAGAAGCAGCCUACCGUUUGUUGAAGAUGUACCGGGACCACCCGCACGGAUUGCCAAGUCGAGAUUGUGA